ACAGUAUUUCUUAUCUUGCCGGAUAAACGAAAAUUAGGUAUCUAUUUGAUUGAAAACAUCUAACUGUGAACAAUGUAGAUGGCUCUGAUUCUGGGCCAGAGAAUUACUGAUAGUUCGAUUGAAAUGUAUACUGAAAACGUACACAUGAAAUGCCUUGUGAAGAUUUGAAGUUACAGUAGAUGCCGUUGUUUGGGUCAAGAGUGGUCUAAUUUUCGCCACUACAUGAUCUGUCAAAGAAGUUUUUGUUCGGACUCGGUUUUGCAACCUUGUACCUCUGCAUCUUAGCUACCUAACAAUGGCAACAGGGAAGGACGUCCGCAUUCUCUUGGUUGGGGAUCCUGGUGUUGGUAAAACGUCUCUGAUCUUGUCCUUGGUGAGCGAGGAAUUCCCAGAGGAUGUUCCUGCAAAAGCGGAGGAAAUCACAAUACCGGCGGAUGUCACCCCAGAGAAAGUUCCUACACACAUUGUAGAUUUUUCAGAUCGAGAGCAAACUAAGGAAAGUCUUGAUGAAGAAAUCGAUAAGGCAAACAUUGUGUGUAUUGUCUAUGGUCUGGACGAUGAGGAUUCCAUUGAACGGAUAACCACAUACUGGCUUCCCUACCUGCGUCUGGCUGUGGGUGAAGAUAUGCCUCGCAAACCUGUCAUACUAGUGGGGAACAAGUCUGAUCUGUUGGACUUCACCUGUAUGGAGACAAUCUUGCCAAUUAUGAAUGACUUUGCGGAAGUAGAGACUUGUGUGGAGUGUUCAGCAAAAACCAUGAAGAACAUAAGCGAAAUGUUUUAUUAUGCCCAGAAGGCAGUGCUUCAUCCCACCGCACCAGUCUACGAUGCAGAGGAGAAAGAGUUGACUGACAAAUGCAAGAGAGCUUUAUCACGAGUAUUUAAGAUCUGUGACCUUGACAACGAUGGGGUACUGAAUGAUGAGGAAGUGAAUUUAUUUCAACAAAAGUGUUUCAACAUGCCAUUGCAAAGCCAAGCAUUGGAAGAUGUGAAGAUGGUUGUAAAAAGGCAUAUAUCAGACGGAGUGGUGAACGAUGGACUUACAGUGAAAGGUUUUCUGUUCCUACACACUCAGUUCAUACAGCGAGGCCGGCACGAGACUACAUGGACGGUGCUCAGGAAAUUUGGAUAUGAUGAUAAUGUUCAUUUGUUGAAAGAUUUUCUGUCUCCCAGAAUACCGGUUGGGCCUGGCUGCACAACAGAGCUGUCUCAUCUAGGCUUCCAGUUUUUAACUACCUUAUUUGAAAAAUUUGACGAGGAUGGAGAUGGCUGUUUGUCCCCUCCAGAGCUACAGAACCUGUUCAGCACGUGUCCUGUGAUGCCUUGGGGACCAGAUGUCAACAACACAGUUUGCACCAAUCACCAAAACUGGAUUAACCUCAAGGGCUACUUAGCACAGUGGACACUCACCACACUGUUGGAUUGUCCAAGGACAGUAGAGUUUUUAGCCUAUCUGGGUUAUCAUUAUUACUACGACAGUCAGACUACAGCAGUACAAGUUACUAGAGACAAGAAAACAGACUUAGAGAAGAGGCAGACGACACGAAAUGUGUUUCAGUGUCACGUCAUUGGUUCUAAAAGUUCAGGAAAGAGCUCUUUCUUACAAGGCCAUCUCGGCCGCAACCUCAGAUAUAUGGCAACUCUGAAUAAGGAGAACUUGUCAAGUUUUACCAUCAAUACUGUUCAGGUUUAUGGACAAGAGAAGUAUCUGCUGCUGCAUGAGAUGGAUGUAGGACUGUGUGACAUGCUAACCCCAGCUGAACUGGUGCGAUCAUGUGAUGUGGCUUGUUUGCUGUAUGAUGCAACAAAUCCAAGAUCAUUUGAAUAUGUGUCAAGGAUUUACAUGAAACACUUCCAGGACAGCCGUAUUCCUGUUCUGGUGGUCGCAACUAAGUGUGAGCACCCAGCAGUGCCCCAGGACAGUGAGCUGACACCUACCCAGUUCUGUACCAAGUUCAAACUGCCACCACCCCAGCAGUUCACAUGUAUAGAGAAGAUCAAUAAAGAUGUCUAUGUUAAGCUGGCCACGAUGGCUGCGUACCCCAACCUCAAACGUCUGGUCCACAUGCUGCUGGUUCACCAUCACUCAUUCUGGUUGGAGGAAAAAUUGAGGCACCUCAAAGGACUUUAUGAAAAUGACAGACACUUCUUUUUGAAAGCUGGAGUGGGUGUGGCAGUUAUAGCAGGCUUUGGGUUUAUAGUCUACAAAAUUGCCAGGGCUCUAACGUAGAGCUAACUAUAGGAAGUGCAUCAUUACCUAAGCCAUAUUGUAAUAUUCCUUAGUAUUGCAUGAUGGUUGAUUCACUAUUCUGGAGAAGCUCUGCCUGUGGACAAGCCAGGCCGAGCAGAGUGAUCUCCCUUAGACUACAGGCUCAGCAGAGUGAUCUCCCUUAGUCCAGAGGUUUUGUGCCGUAUUUAUGAAAACUGUGUGUGGAUGUGGGAGUGAGAGUAGCUGUAUUCAUCGCCCUCACAGAUCAGGGUGUACUUUGUGCUUCUCAGGUAGAUUUCCAGAUAUAUUUCAUCACUCAAUCCUGGUUGACUUUUUCACUCCCAGGCUCAUUUCUACAGUUUGCCAGGCCUCAUACAAUGCUGUGCCACUCAGGUGAUCUCCAGCUUCUUGAUCAUAUUAAACAGCUUACCAUGACAGUUUUACCACAGAAACAGAUUAUCAUAGGAACAGGCCUUCAUCUAUGUACACAGACUAGGUUUGUGUGGAAAAAGACUGGAACAUGUAGCAUAGAAUUUGUUUAUUCAGUUGUAUUUAAUUCCAUAGAAACAGGUCAGUAUUUACAUAUCCUUAUCAUUCAUCUUAGUAGCUUUCUCCAAGAUGAUUGACUUAUUAAUGGACAAAAUCCAAUGACCAAAUGCUGGUGUCAAUCAAAACAUUGUAUCAACUAAUGAGAAAACCUAAUAUGCUGGUAAGGCUUUCAAGUGGCAUGUCAAGCAUACCGUUGCAAGUGGGAGAGGUAUGGCCAUAGCUGUGCUGCAACCAAUCAAUUCACAGUAAUGUCUUCUCCCAGUAGCAUUAGAUAUGCUUUGUAUUUUUUUGUUUAUCCCUACAAUUGAAGAAAAGAGACAGUUGUGUGCGUUUAGAGUGUACAUGUAUUAGCCAAAGAUGUCAGACUACAAUCUAGUGCUUAUCUGCGAUAAACUGGCAACACCAUAACGUAUGGACACUGCAUGUUAUAAAGCUUUGUUAGGUCCGUAAUCUGCACAAGAAACAGCACUAGAUAUGAGAGCUGUUUCAUUCUUCCCAGCUUAGCUUUAAGAGACGAUGGAAGCAAAUCUGGUAACAGAUCUCAGCUGAAAGCACAUGUAUCAGUGAGACUACUUGGUAUGUCUUUUCUAUGGGUUACGAUACAGUAUUCAGGAUUAGAAAGAAAGGAAUUUUUAUAAAGUAAACUGAUCCUCUUCUAAGUUGCAUUGUAAGCUUUCCCUUUUGAGUUAUUUCGUAUGAGAGUGAAUUGUUAAUUUUGUAAUAAAGGGAGAUAUCUUGCAUGUCAUUUUUUGUAGAAUUUUUGGUGCACAGCAUGAUUUUUUCUGUUUAAUUCAAUAAUGGUCGAGAGACAUUAAAAUGAGACAGCUUUCUGUAGCAUCUGGACCUACCCCCAGAUGUUCUACCAGAUGUCAUAAAAGAUGAGGGCACAUAGAGUAAUAAGUGUGUGCAGGGUUUUUAUUUUAUCAUCAUGUGUCUGAAGUUCUUACAGAAAUGUAGGAUGUACAAGAAUAAAUUAUUUCAGUGAAUUUA